CGCCUCUAAUGCGGUGGUAUGUAGGGAUUCCAGGCAUUCCGCGGCUAUCGUCGCCCGGUGCCCCUGGCGGAGCUCCAGCAAGCGGCCGCCCUGGACCCGGUCCCUGCAAGGCGCAAGCCCAGCCACCAACGCCAUAGCGUCCAUUUUGGCAGCCUCCCGGUCGCGGCCGGUGCUCGCCGGGUCUGGCGGAUGAAGCGCAAGGCAGUGCCCCAGCCAGGGGGGGAGCCCGUGGCCGAGCUGGAGACGACCACCGACUCGGACGAGCCCCCGCGACGGGCCUCGAUUCACUUGGGAGCUGUAGACCGGGCGUCGACCCCGGGCCGUCGAAAGCACCUCGCCGGGGACGAUCGCCAUGCGGAGAAACACGAGGAGCAGCAGCAGCAGCAGCAACAGGAGGUACUCGGUGACAGCGGGACGAGCCGGAUCCAACUAGUGAUUACUGGCGCCCCCGUGAGCCCCCCAAGUCCCCCGAGUCCAGUGAGUGUGACCCCUGGCCGUGACGCGGACGAGAUUCCAGAGCGACAAAGCCGGCGUCCCUCCUUGGACCAAUCGACGGGCUUAGGGGCAGCCACGGCGGGCAGCGUGCAGGAGGUGAUGCUGGCUGGGGGCGACGAUAUUUCCCCCCCUGCAGUCUUUGUUCCACCCCGGCGGGGGUCUGUCCAACCCUCCAUCUCGUCAUUGGGCACGUCCGAUGCUGCUCCUGCUGCUGCGGAUCCUCCCCUCCUCCUGGCGCUUAACGCGCCCGCCGCCUCGUCCAGCCUUUCUCUCCCAUCCUUCCGGACCCCCGACGUGGACAUGGCUGCGCCCGACGAUGAUCCAGGCCCGUUGCGCACCCUGUUCGCUCGUCGUCCGCCGGCCGACCCGUCGCGAAGAAGUAGUGUCUCCUCCAGUCGCCAUCCGAUCGCCCCAGGAGCCCAUCUCCAAUCGCAGGAUUCCACCCCGCACGCGCGCCUGGCCGCCAUGAAGAUGAAAUACGGCGACAAGAUCCGGGACAUCCGGCGCAUCUCGCUGGGACCCAGCAGUCCCACCGCCGAAUCGAAGCCGACCCUCCGGAAUCGCUUGUCGGGCUUCCUCCGCCCCAAGUCCCGGGGAUCCAAACUCGAGUCGAGACCCGAAACCCCCAUCCAACCGUCCAAGCCGGCCUCGCUGUCGCAGCCGGUGCAUCCCCCGUCCGGCCACACCCGCUUCUACUCCCUCGACCACGCCCUCCCCAACGCCAGCAGCAACCUCACGGCCCUGCCCCGCAUCCCCACCCCGGAUUCCUUCCGCCAGGCCCAGAACCAGCCCAUCGUCCUCCCACAUACCUCCACCCCGACCCUCCCCAGCCCCUCCCCGACUCCCGGUGACUAUUUCUCCCCCAGCUCCAAGACUGUCUACCAUCCGAACCGAAUGCCCCACAAUGGCUCCCCUGAGCGCGGUCGAAGUGCCUCUCGAACAUACGUGCAGGAGCUACAUCUCCGCUCGCGCAGUCCCAAUGAAUCCGCGCCUAGACCGGAGGAGACGACUCUCCCCAACACCGACGAGACCGACCCGGCGAUUGGGCUCGGGCGAUUCGCACAGAACCCGCGGACCAGCCGGGUGGGCGAUCAGGAGUUGCCGUGGAAGUUGAGCAUCCCUGGCCUGGGUGGGGAUAUCGACGAGCAUGAGGAGGAUGUGGACUAUCCCAGAGAAAAGGCGCGGGUGGAAUCCGCGGGAUUAGACAAUUCUACGACCACCAACGAGAAGCACCACACCACAGCGCUAGACCGCUCCCCCUCGCCACGAGUUUCAUCGCCAUCCCCAUCGCCUAUCCCAGCACCCACGGCACCCCCGGCAAUAUCUCCACCUCACGACGGACCUCCUACCUACAUUUACUCAAAACUGCCGCCCCCGCCCCCGCCCUCUGCCCCUCGCCCACAACCAUCGCAAUUGACAUCAACCGGCCCUCAGCCAAAGACCAUCUGCAAAGACGAGACAUGCGCAACGUCCAUCAUCUGUCACCCACCAGCGCCAAUUCCCAUUCCCCAACGCAAACCCGUCACUACCUCCACCUCCACCACCACUCCCACUACCGCUGAGAAACCUCUUUCAAAUCCAACUUCAGCCCCCGACAAACCGAACCCUUUCCCUCAUCCCCACCGUCCGGCCCCUCCCCGCGCCCUCGUCUCCUCCCCCAUCGAGCUCCCCGUCCCCGCCACUGACGCCGACACCGACGACGGCAGCGACAGCUCCAGCGAACCCGAGAUCGUCAUGUCGAGCACCGCAUAUCCAGGCCAGGAAUGGCGUCCUGUCGGAUACAUGGGAUAUGAGUGAGACGGUUUGUCCCAUUCUACCUGGAUGAUUGGUUCGGUGUUCAAUUCAAGGAACUUGGUAUUUAAAUCCGUCAUCUUGCCUACCUAUGAAUGAUCUAUACACUUGGUUCUGCUCAUUUGCUUGGACUUGUUUGUUUUGGAGACAUCGUUAUUUGCGUUGCCUUUUCUGCCCUUUUUUUUUUU